AUGCGCUCUGUCCUCUCGACAGCGGUCCUGCUUCUUGCAGGAUCUGCUGCCGCCCAAACCCUGACCCCAGCCCCAACCAGCACAAGCUCUGUGCCCCGCCGGACUACCUCUGCGCCCACCACGACGUCGUCUCCAACAUUUACUGCUGUAUCAGAUUGCCAUCCACACAAAACCGUGCUAUGGUGCAUGGUUGGUGAAGAAGAGUACCAGGUAUCUGGACCUACAGCUACUGAAGAAUUUCAAUCGCAGUACACAGACUGUCAUUCACAUUCCUCUGGAGUAUACUGUGUCGAUAAUAGGGGCGAAGAUGUAAAGAUCCUUGUAAAUGGCACAGGAGAAGAGUCGCACAGCACAGGAGACUCCCAUGGCCAUGAAGAAGAGUCUGCAGCUGAAUCAGCUAAUGAGUCCGGAAACAGCGGUCAACACUGUCACGAGCACGCUGGUAUCCCCCAUUGCGUUGGUGGAAGCUCUGGACCAAUGUGCGAAGCCCCUGAUCGUGACUACAACAUUGGUCUUCGAGUCGGUCUUCUUUUCGUCAUCCUUGUCACCAGCGGCAUCGGAGUUUUUACUCCAGUCCUAACCAGGAAGUUCAACCUCGUCGGUGCUGACAACAUCAUCUUCGUUGUCUUGAAGCAGUUCGGUACCGGCAUCGUCAUUUCGACUGCCUUUAUCCAUCUCUUCACCCAUGCUGAACUCAUGUUCUCGAAUGAAUGUCUUGGAAGAUUAGAAUAUGAGGGUACUACGGCUGCUAUCUUCAUGGCUGGUUUGUUCCUCUCCUUUUUGGUGGACUAUCUCGGUGCUCGUUUUGUACAGUGGCGUCAAGGCAGGCAUUCAAGCAGUGGCACAGAGGUUCCAGCGGUUGCAGGCGACAGUAAGUCUGGCGAGGUUGCCUCUGCUCCUAGCUCAGAUCAAGGGUCUGAUCAUGGCCAUGCCGGACACGCUCAUGGACCCAUGCGUAUUGCUACUCCAAUGGAACAGAAAAUUAACGUGAUGAACCUUGAGGCUGGUAUCAUCUUCCACUCUAUCCUCAUUGGUAUCACACUCGUUGUGGCUAGUGAUGGCUUCUUCAUCACCCUCUUCGUUGUCAUUCUCUUCCACCAGAUGUUCGAGGGCAUCGCUCUCGGAACUUGCAUUGCUGAUCUCCCAAAGGCUGCAGCGGGAACGCUGCAGAAGCUCAUCAUGGCCGGUACCUUUGCACUCAUCACACCCAUUGGCAUGGCCAUUGGUAUUGGCGUGCUCGACCACUUCAACGGAAGUGACCCUAGCACCCUCAUUGCUAUCGGAACCCUCGAUGCUCUUUCGGCUGGUAUCCUUGCUUGGGUUGGUAUUGUAGAGAUGUUGGCGCGAGACUGGAUGAGCGGAAAAUUGAUGAACGCGGGCCUAAUAAGAACUCUGUCCGCAAUGUCUGCCCUGGUUGCCGGACUCAUUCUCAUGAGUGUUCUCGGCAAGUGGGCGUGA